CUCACCUUGAGCGAAUCGCCCCAGCCUUCCUCAGAAAGACCCCGCUAUCGACUUUCUGAUUUUGUGGGAGCUGCUCUUCCCUUUCCUUCUGCUAAAAUUUCUAGGGUUUCUCUUCUCCACUUCUCACUCCAUCUCUCCGAUAUUCUGCUGCUUCUGCUCAAUCUCUGAAUUUUAUUAGGGUUUUUUUUUUUCUUCCAUCUCUGCAAAUUUAUAGUUAUUUUCCUCUCUAUCAUUGCUUUUCUCUGCGGUCUUUGCUCCUUCUCCGCAAUUUUCUAAGGCUUUUCUUCAUUUCUGCGGAUCUCUAGGGUUGUUGCUGCCCCUCUUCGAUUUUCUAGUGUUUGUAGUCUCUGUUUCUGUUUCUUUUCAGCGAUUUGCGUAAUUUCUGCAAAUUUUUGGAUUUUGUCGCUCAAAUCCUGGAAAAUUUGUCCAACCGUGUUUGUUUUUUUUUUUGGAUUUUUCGCUGAGGUUUUUCUCCACUCCUGCAAAUUUCUAGGGUUUUCGCUCCAUCUCUGUUUUUUUUCUUUUAUAAGGUUAUGCUCCAUCUCUGAAAUUUUCCAUGCACAGUUAUUAGCACUCCAUUCUGCAAAAAUUGGGUUAUUGUGCUUUCUAUAUUCGUUUUUUCAUGAAGCCGAUCAUGAUGGGGGAGUGGCAGGAGCUUGCGCAGUCCGUAUUCAUAGGGCUCAUUUUCUCGUUCCUUGUCGCAAAGCUAAUCUCCAUGGUUAUCUCAUUCAGAGACGAGAACCUUAGAAUCGUACACGAAGACAAUCUUCCAGUUGAAUCCAUCGAACCUGAAUCAAAGUCAUCCAAUGUGGAAAGUAUAACCGAUUCUAAGCAGAUUGUCGCUGACUCUGGAAUCUCUAACAAAGGUAAAUCUAGUCUUAGAGACGCAGAUUCAGGCGUUGCUGAGAAGCAGAACAUGGUGGGUGAGGGCCGUUUGGGCGAGUACGAUGAGGACGAUGAGGAUGAUGACGAUGACUGGGAAGGGGUUGAGAGUACGGAGCUAGAUGAGGCCUUUAGUGCUGCCUCUGCUUUUGUGGCUACUGCUGCUGCUGAUCGUGAGAAAGUGUCUAACGAUGUACAGUUGCAGCUUUAUGGGUUUUAUAAGAUUGCCACUGAGGGCCCAUGCACUGUCUCACAGCCCUCUGCUCUCAAGUUCUCAGCUCGUGCCAAGUGGAAUGCCUGGCAGAGAUUGGGUGCUAUGCCUCCUGAAGAAGCUAUGCAGAAGUACAUCAUGAUUGUCAAUGAGCUAUAUCCUUCAUGGGCAGCUGGCCUUGCUAUUAAGAGCAAAGGAGGAGAUAGCGGGGAACCUGCUUCAGCUGCUAAAGGACCAGUUGGACCAGUUUUCAGCACCUUUGUUCAUGAGGAAGGCUCUGACAAUGAGUUGAAGAUGGAAGCUAUACAUGCCUCUGCAAGAGAAGGAGAGAUUGAUAACUUACUAAAAUAUAUAGAGGACGGCAUUUCAGUGAACUUGAAAGACAGUGAGGGAAGGACUCCAUUGCAUUGGGCUGUAGAUCGUGGCCACCAGAAUGUUGUGGAGUGGCUCGUUAGCAGAAAUGCGGAUGUGAAUGCUCAGGAUAAUGAUGGCCAAACUCCGCUGCAUUAUGCUGUUUUGUGCGAGAGAGAAGCCAUUGCUGAAUUCCUCAUUAAGCAAAAUGCUGACCGGGAUUUAAAGGACAAAGACGGUGAGUCCCCAUCCGAUAUCUGUGACUUGGCGGCCUGGAAGUGGAUGCGGCCCGAUAAUUGAUCACUCUCUUCUUUUCUCCUUUAGGAAUGAAAUCUUAUGAAGCCCACCCAUCACAUAUGUAUAUAUUUUAAAUUCCUCCAAUAGGCCCGCACUGCACCCAUUUACCCAUAUAGGCUUACCACAUCCCCAACUGAUAGCUGUGUUUUCUCUCUCCAUCCUAAGACCCCCAUCUCUAUCUAUGGAGAGGACACUAAAAGCAGCCGAGAAUUUUGAGGACUUAAAAGUUUAUUGGGGAAACCUCUUUUCAGCAGGCAGAUGUUUUCUUAAUUUAUUGUGCUGGCCUGCCACCGGUUUUUCUGUUGUGCAAUUUAGAUUUGUUGUUGUGUUGUGUCC